UCUCAAGACGAAGUCAACCCGUGUGUGUGCAGAGCAGGCGUGUCACCGCCGCCGCUCCUGCGGGUUGAAACCGAGCAGCCGUCAAAGCAGAAGCCGGACCAGAGCGUGUACUAGCGUGAAAUACAAAGCGGGAUGAAAGUGGACGACGGCAGGCCUGCAAGGUGAGCGCCAUCGCAACGUCCCUCGUGGACAUGAGGACCUUCCCGUGACAUCCAUCCCUCUUCAUCAUCGUCUCACCACAAUGUUAUCUAGCUUCAAGAACACCUCAGUCACUGACGUGAUCGACGGGAUCAUCGAGAAUAUCCCGUUGCCCCAUUGGGCCAUCUACGUGUUGGCGGCGGCGGGCGCCGUCUUGCUCUUGCUUGUGGUGUGUUGCGUGUGCGCGUGCUGCUGCAGAGGCCAACGGAAGAAACGACGGCAGAAGCCGACGGUCAAGCUCCAGCCGCAGAGCCAACCAAUUAGCAGCGAGACGGUCGGUGAGAAGAAGGUCGCCUUGGUUCAAGCGGGCGCGGGCGGCCGCAACUCUGGCGCCGCCGAGCAACCACGAGGGAAGCUGCUCUACUCGCUGGAGUUUGACGCCGCGCUCUCCGAGCUAAAGGUGGGCGUGAAGGAAGCCCGUAACCUGAAGGCCAUGGACCUGGGAGGAACUUCGGACCCCUACGUCAAGGUCUACCUUCUACCCGACAAGACCGUGACCUGCGAGACCAAAGUCAUGAAGAGCACGCUCAACGCCACCUUCAACGAGACCUUCGGCUUCCAGAUCUCCAAGGCGACUUUGGUCAAGUCGACCGCUGUGCUUCAGGUUUUUGAUUUCGACCGCUUCUCCAAAAACGACAUCAUUGGAGAACUGCGCUUAAAACUUGGACAAGUGGACUGGACCCACAUCAUAGAAGAGUGGAGGGACCUCCAAGAACCUGCCGACAUGGAGGAGGAGAACCUUGGUGAGAUCUGCUUCUCUUUGCGUUACGUUCCCACAUCCAGCAAACUGACCGUGGUCAUCUUGGAGGCCAGAAACCUCAAGAGCACCGACCUGGACGGAAGAUCAGAUCCGUACGUGAAGGUGCAGCUGGCUCUGGACAAGCGCAAGUGGAAGAAGAAGAAGACGUCGGUCAAGAAGAAGACGCUCAACCCGUACUACAACGAGGCCUUCUCCUUCAAAGUCACCAUGGCGCAAAUUCAGCGCGUCACCUUGGUGAUCUCGGUGUGGGACCACGACCUCAUGACGCCCAACGACCCGGCGGGCAAGAUCUUCCUGGGCUGCGACGCGGCGGGCAACCAGCUGAGGCACUGGGGCGACAUGCUGGCCUACCCGCGCCGGCCCGUGGCGCAGUGGCACUCGCUGCUGUCGGAGAAGCAGGUCAACGCCACCCUCGGCCUCAAGAAGAAGAUCCCGCUCGUCAACAACCUGCCUGCCCUUCUCGCUCAACAAGAGUGAGCUGUAGAAGCAAUCAAGCUGAGCUGCUGAGUCGUCAUCGUCUUUGUGCUGCUUCAAGUCUCCUGAGAGCAAGAGAUACUAAUUAUCUGCAUGCAGUGACGUCUAUGACCUACAGGGGGCGCCCG